UAAUUAUGUCUCCUCCCCUUAAUUGUUAUGUUAUAAAGUUAAUUUCAAACUCGUUAAGAAAGCAAUAGUUUUAAACAGUGUAUUUCUAUUUCUAAACCUGGCCAGUUUAUUAUUUGAACAAGCAUCGAAAGUACGUUCGUUGAAAACUUGAAAUUUUGUAGUGCUGCUUUCAUAGUUGUUUAAGUUUUUCUCAGAUUUCAAAAUGGCUCAUCUCAUCACCAGUGUGAUAGAUAAAUAUCAUGACAUUCUAGACAAAAGUGAUCCCAGAGUAAGUGAUUGGCCAAUGAUGUCCAGUCCGUUACCCACCCUAGGUAUAUGCUUGUUUUACGCUUAUUUUUCAAGAAUUCUAGGUCCAAGAUUAAUGGAAAAUAGAAAACCCUUGAACCUUAGGAAUAUUUUAAUUGUUUAUAAUCUCAUGCAAACUCUGUUCAGUGCUUGGAUAUUUUAUGAAUACCUUAUGAGUGGAUGGUGGGGUAGCUACAGCUUCAGAUGUCAGCCUGUAGACUAUUCUAACAGUCCCAUGGCCUUGCGUAUGGCAAGAACAUGCUGGUGGUAUUACUUCUCAAAAUUCACGGAAUUUUUUGACACCUUUUUUUUUAUUUUGAGAAAGAAAAGCAGUCAUGUCUCGACUCUCCAUGUCAUCCAUCACGGUUGUAUGCCGUUUUCUGUUUGGAUGGGUAUGAAAUUUGCUCCAGGUGGCCAUAGUACUUUCUUCGCCUUGCUCAAUACCUUCGUGCACAUAAUCAUGUACUUCUAUUACAUGGUAUCGGCCAUGGGUCCCAAAUACCAAAAAUACAUAUGGUGGAAAAAAUACCUAACAUCCUUCCAGAUGCUACAGUUCAUUGCUAUUUUCGUCCACCAGUUCCAAUUGUUGUUCACAGAAUGCAACUACCCCAAAUCCUUCAUGAUCUGGAUCGCCAUCCAUGGGCUUAUGUUCCUUUUCCUGUUCUCGGAUUUCUAUAAAGUGAAUUAUAGCAAAGAACCAAAGAAAGCCAAUCAGGGAGCUUGUAUGCCUGUGGAUGAUGACACUUCAAAUGGCACAGCAAAUAAAUCCACUAGCAAUGGCUUAUUAAAAAACACAUACAUCCAGAGCGAGUUCUCAGACUCGUACAAAGCGUGCUACUCGAAUGGCAGCACAAAAGGAUUCGUCACACAAACAAUUGAACAGCACAAUAAUAAGAAGAUAGAGUAAACUAGGGCAAUCUUUGUGAUAAGUACCUAAUUUAUUUUGUAAAAAAAUAAAAAUUCUAAUCUGUUUGAAUUUGGAGUCACCAUGAUUUUGUUUUGAAGGCACAGUGUAAUAGGUAAUGUAGGGCAACGCAAUCUACAUUUUGUCUAAGUAUUAUUUUGCAAAACAUGUCAAAAACAUUAUAUACGUACUUUAUAUUAUACAGUAGUUAGCUUAUGGUUUAUUGAGUAUAGUGAUUAUGAAAAUCGGUUCGUCAACUUACUUCUACUAUAGAAUAAUUAUAUUUGUAUGACUUACAAAGUGAAUAUUCAAACAUUUUCAAACGCCUAAUAAUUUCUGGAAACAAAACAUCGUUUUCUGAAUAAGUCAAAUCAAGUGAAUACCGUGCCUUUCAUCCCUAGUGGUUAUUGGAAAUGUUCAUAUUGUUCGACCUAGACAUUUUGGAUUUUAAAAUAAGAUUAACACUUCAGCAACUUUAUGUAUAGUUUUAUCGAACUGACAACAUAUUUUCUACUAGAACUUCAAAUUAACAACCUCAACUGCUUAAUUGCUAUAGAAAAUUAUUACAAAUUUGUCUAGGUCAACCCGGUCAUCUUUUCACGGAAUAUUUUUUUUCUGCCUGAAUGUAGAUUUUAUUAAUUUGUAGGUAUUUGAGUAGAUUUACUUAUUAGCCGACCUAAUUGCAUUUACGACUACUCUUUGCUAUAACGCGUUAUUCACCAGCUUUAUACGUAAUCUUUCCAUGCAGUUUUUUUUUGUGUAUGCACAAAAAGCUUCAAAAGAUAUUUUACUCUGACUAAGUUUUUAACAAGAAAAAUUACUGAUUCCAAUGAAUUCAACAUUAUUUCUUCGGUUAUGGUAUAAUUGGUUUUGUUUAUAUCACAAAAUUGUAGGUAGUAUGAAAUAAUGUAUGCAGAUUCGUUCUUUUGGAUCAAAUGUGUCUUGUAGAAACAAAGUCAUUUUUAACAAACAGUAUAUCGAACAAAAAUUAUUGCUCUGUAAACGAUUUUUUAUGGUAAGAUUUAGUUUUAAACUCCCAUUGUAGGUGUUAGUAUUGUUUUAGUGUUUUCAUUUUACAUACAUACAUAUUUUCUGGUAUUAUUUUUAUUAUUAAGAUUAUUAUUUUUUUAUAUGUAUUAGGUUUACAGUGUCUGUGAAAAACUUGAAAAGGCAUCGUUUUCUAACACACUUUGAGAUUUUAUAUAUUUUUUUUUCUAAUUUCAAGAUCAGCGCCUGAAACUUCUCCAUAAUUUUAUCAAAUUAGCAGGGGACAUGAAGAGGUUAGUAAAAAAUUGACGUGUUCCACAAAUAUAUAUUACAAAUUAGUAUUUAAAAACUUUUUCACAGACAUUGUUUUCACUCUGCAGUUGUAAAAGGUUUUUUCCUUCUUUCAAUUUCUGAACGCUUAUUGUUUUGCAACGAAAAUAAACUAUUUGGAUGUUUCGGGCAAUAUAUUGGCUCAGAUGUGAAGAUAACAGAGAAAAAUUAAUCAAUUUAAGACUAAAGCCACAAGUUAUUUAAUUUUCUCGUCAUUUAUGAUUAUAGUGUUGUGUGUCCUAUCUUGUCAAUACAAUAUCACAGCAAUGCAUUUUAAAUGGCAAGUUUAAGUAAAUCGAGUGUUUAAAUUACUGAGGAAGUGUUUAAACUUUUAUUGUAUAACCUGGCCUUAAACACAUAAAUCUAGAAGUAUUUUUUCUACAAACACUUUUGAAACUGUAUUCUAGUGACUAAAAGUCAUAAACCUUUUUUUUUUGUCUUGUGGUUAGUCAUUGAACAUUGGCUAAUUUGACAAUGGUGUCCGAAAAUGGCAAAAUAUAUUUUACAGUAUUUGUAGAAAAUACAUUAAGUAUGUAGUUAUUUCGGGAACUUUUUUUUGAAUGGCUUCCAAUCAUCAUGAAUUUUAUAAAUAACUCUCAAAUACAAUGUUAUUAGAGAUUUCCAUAGUUUAUUUUGCAAACGUUCUGAAAUUAAAUGGGAUCCACUUUUUUGUGAUUACUCGUAGAAAUAUGUAUAUGUAUUUGUAUAUUGUAAAUGACCCAAAGAAGUAACAUUUAGCACAUUAAUUCGACGCUAACAACGGAAAUUAUGCUCUCAAAUCCAAUUAAACUUUAGCCUUUUGAUAACGGUUUCUAUAGAAAGUACAUUCAAUGUAAGUGGAAAGCAAAUUUUCAUAUUUAGAAUUAAUCUAUCAAUUUCCUUCCAUUUCUUUCAUUUUAAGGAUUUUAAUUAGGUGAUAUGUAGCCAGUAAACUUUGCUUAAAUAUUUUAUAAUUUUCUUGAUGGUCAGUGUAUAUUCAUUUGGUGAACUCAAUUCAAGAAUGCACUAUUCACAUAAUUUUUGGUAUAAAAAUUGAUUUGUAAUAAGAUCUAAUAGAGGUAAAAUUUACAAGAGCAUUGUAACAGUAUUUAUUGUAUACCUAUUUAUUUUUCUACUUUCCUAUAACUGAUACUAAAGUGUUCAAAAUGCUUUGGUAUAUCAAAACAUUAUACAAUAUAUUCAAUACCUAGUUCUUGUUUUGAUUUACAUGUUAGAUAUUAUAGGGAAAGUACAAAAGACUUGCUUCAUAUUUCUCUAUUUCUUUGUUAUAAUCUUGAAGAGAAUUGGUGUGACAUUUAAAAAAAAAAAAUAAAAUUUUGGUAUGUAUCAAUUCAUUUAUUAAGUAAGUCUAAGUACCUACACCCUGCAUAAAUAUUAUUUAGAAGACUUAAAUUUUUUUUAUAUUUUUAGAAAUAUGUCUUAGAAUAAUAGCACUUUUUGUUUUGUUCUAUUUGAUCUAUCAUUAUACAUUAUACUACACAGCGAUGUUGAAUAUUUUUGAUAUGUUGGUGACAGAGUAUAUUUUUCUGUUAAAUCAUAAAUC